UCAAGGAGCCACUCUAGAGACUGCAACAACGUCGGGACGAGGUGCCAAUGAAGUGCAAAACACCUGUUGAUCCGUACUCGUUCGUUGAUGAAGAAAUAACAAUUGGGGGAAUAAGAUCGGCAAGUAGUCCAGGUAACAACUUGAGUGGCAUGACCAAUGUUGGUGGUCAACCAAGUAGCCUCAUAACGACUACCUCCACGUCUUCCAGUUCUAUAUGUUCUCUGUCCCACCAACAUCAGCCACAGCAGCAAGAUCAUCAACAACAGCAGCUUCAGAUGAGCUUACAACUAAUAAGUAGUGUACUUAGUCCACAAAUAGAAACCCAACCAAAAAAACGUGGACGCAAGAAGAAAAGUGAAAUGAUUUUAACACAAGAAGAGGCUGAACUAGCAGAGGCAAAAAAACGAGCCAAGACGUAUAAAGAAAGAAAGAAACAUGACAGAUUUGACGGCAUGCCAGAAGAGGAAGUGAGCAAGCGCGUGCUUCCAGACCAUCUCACAAAUGAUCUUGACAUUAUUAUAAUUGGAAUCAACCCUGGGCUGUUUGCUGCAUACAAAGGUCACCACUAUGCUGGCCCAGGCAACCAUUUUUGGAAGUGUUUACACUUAAGCGGUUUAACACCUGAGCCAUUGACUGCUGACGAUGACUUUAAACUCUUGCAUUUUGGCAUUGGUUUCACAAAUAUGGUGGCUCGAGCUACUAAAGGCAGUGCCGAUCUUACAAGGAAGGAAAUUAAAGAAGGAAGUUAUAUCCUACUAGAGAAGUUGCGAAAGUAUAAACCUAAAAUAGCGGUGUUUAACGGCAAACUUAUUUACGAAGUAUUUUCUGGUAAAAAAGAAUUUGGGUUUGGUAGACAACCUAAUUUGGUUGAAGGCACUAAUACAUACAUGUGGGUAAUGCCUUCUAGUAGCGCACGGUGCGCCCAACUGCCACGGGCCGCUGACAAAGUGCCAUACUACGCAGCUCUGAAAAAAUUUCGUGACUACUUAAACGGAAUGAUAUUACAUCUUGACGAAUCAGAUAUCGUAUUUGCUGAUACCAAGCUGAAAAAGCGUGAAUACGAUGCUCUUGAGAACAAAAAACCUGUCCUUGCCAGUGAAAUCAACGAAGGCGAGGGCCGAUUCUGUAAUGAUAAAGAACAAUACUACAGCGCCUCAAAUGAAUUCGUAGGUGUGAUAGUAAAGCAAGAGGUGAACCUGAUAGUGGGCAAAAAAAAACGUGGUCGACCAAAAAAAAUCAAGAAUCCGGAAGAAAUGCCAGUCCCUGAUUCCGAAAAAAUAGAUAAAAAUGGUGAGAUUAUAAAAAAGCGACGUGGUCGACCUAAGAAGAUUCAUCAACAACAAAAGCUAGCUGAACGUGAGACUAAAGAGCGUGAGCUUCAGCUACAGCAAUCAAAUCACCAGCAACAACAUCACCAACACCAGCAGCAUCACCAGCACUGUCAGCAAUUCAGCCAACUUGGUGAUGACUAUGGUGGUAUGUCCGGCUCUUUUACACCAACCACAUUGUCAUCAUCCAAGACCUUUUCCAACUUGGUUUCCUAUCAUCAGCCUUUACCUGAUUCUGUAGGUUACUAUGGACAUUCUCUGUCUGACGGAACCUAUAAUCUUGGCCAAACUAACAAGCAGCAGCAACACUACUGCCAAAGUCCAAAAUCAACGGAACUUGGAUAUGGCCAUACAGAACUCUCUUCAGAAAUGAGCCCAGCUCUCAGCUCAGAUAAUAAUUUAAGCAAAAGCAUCUCACCUGAUAUUCAACAGCCUCCUGACUUUGAUAGCUCAGGUCUACCCCAGCAAACUGCUAUUUACAGUGCCACAGAACAUGGCAGUCCUGCCAGAACAUCUUUUACCAGUUACAUAAGCUAUCAUGAGCAACAGCAGCAUCAACAUCAACAACAGUUACUAUUACAACAACAUGAACAGCAGCAAUCUCAUCAAGGCAUAUCCACACCUCUGAGCCAGACAACAGAUGAACACUCGCACUCAACGCCACCACAGACGCACCAGCAUACGCCAACGCACUCAAUGUCACCACAUCCUCACGAACAGUACUCUCAAUGUCUCAAACAACCAGUGGAUCAGGAUGUAGCCUCCAAGAGCCUGAGUGAUCUUGAGUCACUGGUAGAUCAGAUACCCAGCAUAGCUGAAAGUGGUGGUCAGCGGCUGCCACAUCAGCAUAAUCAACCUGGCCUUAACGAUGAGUCGCUGGCUGAUAAGCUCGAUGCUGCUUCAACCCACCAACCUUACAUGUCAGGCUACGGAGCAGUUAGCUCUAUUACUAGCCUUAAUCCAACCUACAGCCCACCUCUUUCCCAGAGCGGCAUUUAUAGUGACGCUUAUGGUAAUUCGAUCUACAGCUUGAGCUCUCGACAGCAAGAAUCACAGCACAGCAAAGCCUACACAGUUGAAAACCUUACAUCAAGCAACUACACACCCACUAACAGUAUGGGUCAGCAACAGCAUCUACAACACUCUACCUACUCAAACAUGAUCGCAGGGCCUCAUUAUUCAUUGCCAAUAUCCGCUGCUGCCGCCGCAGCUGCAGCAGCAACGGCCGUUGCCGUUGUGGGUACCUCACCAACUGGUUAUAUCUACAGUGGCCUUGAAUCUAGUCUAAUACAGCGCUCCUACCCAUCUAUGACUUCUCAUCAUCAUUCGUCCCUACAUUGUCCUCAGCAUCAUAUGACUAACUCCUAUGUUUAUAGCACGGGCCCUUAUUCCAGCUCAUUCGACCCCUACUCGAGCAUCUCCUCACCUUCAAACUCUUCCGGAAUCCACACACCACAGACCAACUACCCAGGCUACACAGCCACUAGUAGCCCUGAUACUUCUUCAACCCCACCAAUCUAUAUGCACCAGCAACAGAACUUGGGCAGACAGCCGAUAAACCUUGCUUACGAUGGAGUAUGAUAAUCAGCUUAGCAAGCAAAUUUAAACCUGAAGUCAAUGGUCUUUUAUCACUGAUAAUCCACAGCUUACGGCAAGUAGCCCGAGUGGAAUUGUGCAUCGUAGCGCUCCAGCAAUGCACUCGAUAACUGUACUUAGCCACUGGAAGCUCUGAGUGUUUCUAUGAAUGUUUGUGUGUGUAAAUGUUUAUGAGUGUUUAUUCGAACGCACACGUAUGCGUAUACAUACGUGUAUCUGUGCAAUAGGUACGUAUCUACUCGUUUUCUUGUAUGUUAUGUGUACAUGGAAAGCGUACUAUCAGUUGAUGCCAUUUGUGAUAGUGCCAAGAAUUUAAAGAUGUUAAUAGAUUAUUUAUGACAAGGAAGUAAGAAGUAAAACUGUGCCAGGACUCUUAUCAAACUUGACAUUUCUUUCUAUCACUGCAUAUUUUUACACAAUCAUAAUGUGGACAAAAAACUUAGUUUGUUUUCAAGGGACUAUUUAAUUGUUCACAACAGUGAUAGGUACUGCAUUUCAAUGUUUUAAGACCCCUCGAUUAAGGGAUGUGUCAGAGCAUCGUACUAUACAGGAUUAAAAUAGCCGAGUGAAUUUUUUGUGAAAAAUGAUUACAGAAGUGGAUCAAGAUAAGACUGACAUUUGUUAAUGUUAAAAGAAAGUUACGAGUCCAAUGAAUCAUGUUAGAUAAUCUUACUUUUUGUUGAAAUCUUGUUAAAUAAAUUCUUUUUGUCACAUUCAUUCAAAGUGGCCUGUUAUAAGUUUGCAUACUAUGUACUACUAUGUAUUACAUACUACACAUGUAAGUGAUAAUCAAGUUCUCUGCCUACAAGUCUACAAUCAAAAAUGUUUUGGAUAUUGUAAAAUUGAAACGACUUUAGGGAAGAAGACCUCACCACUUAGCAUAUAUUCAUUGGCCAGCUGUAUUAAAAUUUUUUUUCGAAGCAAACCAUAUCAAAAUACAGCUCUCCAAUGAAUAGCUAUCAUUAUUGUAAUAAAAAAUAAUUUUUUUGGCACUAAGAGCAUUCAAGUUCUUGCAACAAAUAAAUAUUUGAAAAAAAA